UCUCGCCACUGUCUGAAGCAGUUCCCUCUUCUUUGGCCCUCUGUCUUUGCGGCCCAGGUUCCCCAGAUGGAUUCAAAACCUCUACUUUUCAUGGUCAUUUUGACUUGGGGAACAGCCAGAAGUCACAGGGUGCCCGAUCUGUGAGGCAGAUGAGGGCAGGGCAUACCGCACUGUUAGGAACCUGCCCUGGUGGCGCUGGAUGGCGCUCGAGAGCAGCAGAGGCCUGUGUUUUUAAUCAGCCCUGUUGCGGAUCCUUUCUGUCUCGACACUCGUGACGUCGUAGGCCAGAUCUCGCUCUCGGAUUUUAAGGAAGUCAGUCACCGUCCAGAGUACAUUUUCUCUGCCCCACACUCGUGUCCUUGGAGGUGGCCUCCAGCAUUUCUAACUCACCGGAGGCGGAACAGAAACCGGGCGUAACGGCGCUUGCCUGUAAUUGCAGCACUCAGGAGUCCGAGGCAGGACGAUCGGCUGAGGCAGGAGGAUCGCCGUGAGUUCGAGGCACGCCUGGGCUACAUAACGAGACUUUGUCUCAAAAAAAAAAAAAAAAAGACAGAAAACUCCAACUCCCGAGGAUGGGGGUGAUGGCGCCCGGAACCCUCCUGCUGCUGCUCUCGGGGGCCCUGGUCCUGACCGAGACCCGCGCGGGCUCCCACUGCUCGCACACACUGCAGUGGUGUGACGUGGGGUCGGACGGGCGCCUCCUCCGCGGGUUCUCGCAGUUCGCCUACGACGGCGCGGAUUACAUCGCCCUGAACGAGGACCUGAGCUCCUGGACGGCGGUGAGCCUGCCUGCUCAGAUCUCCAGACACAAAUCGGAGGAGGCGGGAGACACGGAGCAGCAGAGGGCCUACCUGGAGGGCGAGUGCGUGGACUGGCUCCUCAGAUACCUGGAGGCCGGCAAGGAGACGCUGCAGCGCGCAGACCCCCCAGAGACACACGUGACCCGCCACCCCAUCUCCAAGGAGGAGGUCACCCUGAGGUGCUGGGCCCUGGGCUUCUACCCUGAGGAGAUCUCCCUGACCUGGCAGCGAGAUGGGCAGGACCUGACCCAGGACAUGGAGCUGGUGGAGACCAGGCCUUCAGGGGAUGGAACCUUCCAGAAGUGGGCGGCUGUGGUGGUGCCUUCUGGAGAGGAGCAGAAUUACAUGUGCCGUGUGCAGCACAAGGGGCUGCCUGAGCCCCGCACCCUGAGAUGGGAGCCGUCUCCUCAGCCCACCGUCCCAACUGGAGGGGUCACAGCCAUAGGAGUCACUGCUGCCGUCCUCAGUCUCCUGGUGGUCACUGCUGCGGUGGCUCUUGUGAUGCAGGGGAGAAAGAGGGCAGGUGUAAAGGAGAGAACUUACGCCAGCUGUAAGUACAAGGAGGUGGGGUCCCUGAGUCCCUUUGGGUGUGGGUGGCGGGAACCCAUAGGGGAGCUCACCUGCCCACGGCUCCUCCUUCAACCACGUCUGUUGUGAGCUCUGACCGUGUCCUGCUUCUGUUCUG